AUGAUUCUACGCGUGCCGCAGUACCUCGCCGACCUGCGCUCGCUGCCGCGCAAGGGAGUUUAUUGGGGUGCCUUGUAUACUGCCAAGUCCCCGGUAAGGUUUCAAAUGGUAGUUGGGUUUUGCAUGACACUCUCGAGGGAUGUGGUGCAGCAGUUCGUGUCGUACAAACCGCUGCAGCGUCUUGUGCGUCUGCCCUACAGCAAGGCCCGAGAGGCGGAGUUUCUUUCCUUAAAUAUGGAUCAUGAGGAUGUGAUGGUGGGCCGUGCUUUGCACGAGGUGAAGUAUCCUCACCUGAUCUUCGCUAAAGAAAAGAAGUGCCGUUUUCACAAUCUUCGUAACGGAUCGCAUGGCCAUAAGGUCACUCAAUUUUCCGUCGUGAUACAUCACGUCACGGAGGCUGAAUACAGUGUUUUGAUGGCGCGGUUGAGGGGCUUUAAAACGCAGACCGUUAAGAAGUACAGUCAGUCACGUAGGUCUCUUACAAUGUUCUGCUCUGGUAAGACUGGGCGUUACGUUAAACUUUAA